AUGAGUCUCGACGAAAGUCAAUUGGUUUCUGAAGGAGGGAACAUCUUAGAAAAUGCUACAACACAGCAUUUUGUACCACGACUAACGUUGCCACAGAUGCGAGAGGAUAAUAUUGAGGCAUAUUUUUAUUCUUUAAACUUUUGGUUCGAUGCAGCGGGCAUCGUGGCUGACAUAACAAAGUUUAAUAUCGUUUUGGCAAGCAUUCCUCCUUCAAAGUUAAUGGAACUGCGCACCAUAGUUGAUGCUGCUCCGCGUACGAAUAAAUACGGCUACAUUCGGACAAAACUGUUGGAAAAUUUUACGGAAAGCCAGCAGCGACGCCUGCAGCGUGUACUUCGCGAGAUGCCCCUGGGCGAACGGCGCCCAAGCGAUCUUUACAAUGAGAUGAAGCGCGCCGCGGGAACCACGUUAAGCGAGAGCAUUCUUCACGACUUAUGGAUCACUCGGUUACCUACAUAUACGCAAGAGGCAAUCAUUGCUACAAAUGUGCCAAUCGUCGAGAAGUUGAAAAUCGCCGAUUCCAUUACGGAGUCCAUUAAAUUCCGCCAAGGAGACUGCAGCGAAUUGUGCACCGUCCAACAAUCUACCGACCAAGAUUUGAGAGCCGAAAUAGCAGCGCUCAAACAACGACUCGACCAAGUCCUAAGCGACCACGGACAUCGAUUUCGGCCUAGAUCUAGAUCCAGGACCCCGGCAGGUACCCGUAACUCACACAGCAGCUCCAACGAAAUGUGCUGGUUUCACGCGAAAUUUGGUCGUAACGCCCGUAAAUGCAGACAGCCGUGCAAAAUGGCUCAUCCGCAGCCACCAACCGACUCAAAUUAG